AUGUUUGGGAUUCAGGAAAAUAUACCAAGAGGUGGGACGACCAUGAAAGAAGAACCGCUGGGCAGUGGGAUGAAUCCCGUCCGCUCGUGGAUGCAUACUGCGGGGGUAGUGGAUGCUAACACGGCCGCCCAAAGCGGCGUGGGGCUGGCUCGGGCACAUUUCGAGAAACAGCCGCCUUCCAAUCUCAGAAAAUCCAAUUUUUUCCACUUCGUCUUAGCUCUGUACGACAGGCAGGGGCAGCCGGUGGAGAUUGAGAGAACAGCUUUUGUGGACUUUGUGGAGAAAGAGAAAGAGCCAAACAAUGAAAAAACUAACAAUGGAAUUCAUUAUAAACUUCAGUUAUUGUAUAGCAAUGGAGUUAGGACAGAGCAGGACCUGUAUGUUCGUCUAAUAGACUCAAUGACCAAGCAGCCAACUCGGGGGGGGGGGAGAAAAAGAACAUAAAAUAAAUGCAGGAGUUUGUUUUAAAACCGCCCUUUGCAAUUACUCCGCAGCCGAUGCUGUGACAAGAAAAGUUGCGGCAACAGAAACGAAACCCCCUCAGACCCCGUUAUCAUUGACAGAUUCUUUCUAAAGUUUUUCCUCAAGUGCAAUCAGAACUGUUUGAAGAAUGCAGGCAACCCGCGAGACAUGCGAAGAUUCCAGGUUGUUGUAUCAACAACAGUCAAUGUGGAUGGCCACGUGCUGGCUGUCUCAGACAACAUGUUUGUACACAACAAUUCCAAACACGGGAGGCGGGCUCGCCGCCUUGACCCCUCAGAAGCUACUCCGUGCAUAAAGGCCAUCAGUCCUAGUGAAGGCUGGACUACUGGUGGGGCUACUGUCAUCAUAAUCGGAGACAACUUCUUUGAUGGCUUACAAGUCGUAUUUGGAACUAUGUUGGUCUGGAGUGAGCUGAUAACACCCCACGCCAUCAGAGUUCAAACACCACCACGGCACAUUCCAGGAGUUGUUGAAGUAACUCUCUCCUACAAAUCCAAACAGUUCUGCAAAGGUGCUCCCGGCCGAUUCGUCUACACUGCGCUUAAUGAACCAACCAUAGAUUAUGGCUUUCAGAGGUUGCAGAAAGUUAUUCCACGACAUCCAGGUGAUCCCGAAAGGUUACCAAAGGAAGUAUUACUUAAGAGAGCAGCAGACCUUGUCGAAGCCCUAUACGGGAUGCCCCAUAACAACCAGGAAAUAAUCCUGAAACGAGCGGCUGACAUUGCUGAAGCGUUAUACAGCGUGCCGCGCAAUCACAACCAGAUCCCCACUCUAGCCAACACUCCCGCUCACACUGGCAUGAUGGGAGUCAACUCCUUCAGCAGCCAGCUCGCCGUCAAUGUUUCCGAAACAUCACAAGCGAACGACCAAGGUUACAGUCGCAACACAAGCAGUGUUUCCCCGCGAGGAUAUGUUCCCAGCAGUACUCCUCAGCAGUCCAAUUACAACACAGUCAGCAAUAGCAUGAAUGGAUAUGGCAAUGCCGGCAUGCCCAAUCUAGGUGUACCAGGUUCCCCUGGAUUUCUUAAUGGCUCCUCAGCUAACUCUCCUUAUGGCAUAGUGCCGUCAAGCCCUACCAUGGCAGCCUCUUCGGUCACCCUCCCUUCAAACUGUAGCAGUACACACGGCAUUUUCUCAUUCUCACCUGCCAAUGUCAUCUCUGCAGUGAAACAAAAGAGCGCCUUUGCUCCUGUUGUCAGGCCCCAAGCCUCUCCUCCACCAUCUUGCACCAGUGCAAAUGGAAAUGGACUUCAAGCGAUGUCUGGGCUUGUAGUCCCGCCAAUGUAA